UUGCGUCAUCACUGUCUGUGUUUCCUACCUCUCUUACUCUCUGCUCUCCCUCUUGCUGAUUGGUGAACAGCCAUCACAUGACCCAGCGCUCUACUUCUCUUCUCCCCUUGUCUUUGACAGUUUCGGCUGCGCCGUGUUUCUCUUUUGGUUUGGUGCUCAUCUGCGUGCGUUUUGUACGAAUAUUUGAGUUAACGACGGAGGCAGGCGGUGUUCGGUCUAGAUCGGGUGCCUCAGAAAAUGUCGGAGCUGUAAUGCAAUGAGCUAUACCAGGAGGAGAGCAGGCUCAGGAAACUGAACAGAAGAACUGAGCGAGAAAGGGAGUCGGAGGCUGUUGAAAAAGCACGAGAAAAUGAGAAAUUUGGGGAGACCAAGAGAGCUGGGGAAAAGCAGAAUAAGUAAAGCAGGGGUAGACAACUGAAGUUAAUCCAGUCAUAGCAGAGUGUGGCUGGCUGACACGCUGAGUAAUGUAAGAGAAACACCAAGCAGGGGUCUGAGCGAUCUGCAUGGGGAGACAGCUAUGUCCCUUCUCUUUCCUCCACCUCGUCUACCUGGUUAAAUCGGUUCUCUAAACUCUGACAGUACUUUGGAGAGAGGAGAGGACGACGAGGCCUGUCAGCCAGCAAGUGAGCGAGAGGAAACAAUCUGCUAUCACGGCGAGGCUGUUUAUGAUAAUGGCAGUGAAGCUAAGGCAGAGCGAUAUGAGGUGUGUGUGUUAUUGUAGGCUGGGAGACUGGCGAAGACAGAAGCUCUAGGUUGUCUCUAUUUGCGAAUGCAGUGGGUUGAUUAUUGGAGACAGCUAUCUUCGUUUGGCUGCAAGCUGACGAUCCUGUCUAUAUGUCCUCUUUCUGCAAAGCUCUUCUUUCUAGUUAAGGAAAGUCAAAAUUAUAGCUGACCAGUUUGUCUCUACAGACUUCCCUCACUGUCUUUCUCCAGAAUCAUCCUUCUCCCCGACUCGCUGUUGUCAGAGUGCUUUUGAAGGUUUCCUCUCCAUUGCGUUCACUUUUUUACCCGAUUGUAUGAUUCUCAUCAGGUUUUUGUUUUCUGCCCCCAGCAUAGAUGGACUAGUUGACCUCAUUGAGUUUGAUGCAUGGUCUUAACAUCAGAUGCUCCAAGGAACCCAUUCACCGUAGCCACAUCCUUUGGAUUGUUGAGGAUGGGCCAGCAAGGCAACCUGCUCUUUAUCUACCAGCCCUCUUGUGCAGACUGUUCACAAAGUCACUACAGUGGAUGGCCUCACAAACGGAGGCCAGAUGGAAAUUGGUUCACACGACCGCCUCCAGGAAGGCGCGUUGAGCCUGGAUUUGGCCAAUGGGGUGAACCCCUACCAUAACAAUGACGAGGCAUCUAUGGAAACAGACGAGCAGAGGGCAGGAGGUGUGCCUGAAAGGCAACGCUGGGUGCCAGGACAUAGCAAGGUCAAUGAGACCCAACAGCAGCAAUCAUGCUGGAGCAACAGUAGUGGUACAACCCCUGCUGAGGGAGUCCACUAUGCAGAUAUAGAAGAUGCCCAGAAUCUGGUAGCGUUUUCUGCUACGGCUAGCGCUUUGCCUCCUUCUUCCUCUUCAUCUUGCCUUGUCCUGCAACCUAAUACAGCCAAGUUAUAUGAGAAGUUCACCCAAGAGACACAUGCUGAUGGUGCUCAUUCUAGAGUCUCUGCAGGUGCUCCUGAAACAAGCUGCGAACCUUUGGAAGACCUUGACAUCUUACAGGCAGCACUGAGCCAAGCUAAACAUGGGCACAAGCCCCCUAAUUGCAACUGUGAUGGGCAUGGUUGUCCAGACUACCUGGAGUGGUUGGAAAAGAAAAUUAAAUUAGCAACUAGAAGGGAUCAAGGAUCUCACAAAAUGGGUGAUGAGGCCCCACAUUUGGAGCAACCCCAUUUACCACAUCAACAUCAGACAUACCAACAAGUGAAUGGUGCCCACCGUAUGUCCACUUCAUGUUUGCAACAGCAACAGGAAGUUAAUCAGUACUCUCACCAAGACCAAGUGCCCUCCUCCAAACCCCCUAUUCCUUGCUCCCCCCAGGUGCUCUCCAUAGCCAAGGAGAAAAACAUCAGUCUUCAGACUGCCCUUGCGAUAGAUGCACUCACACAGCUAUCCAGCCCUCAACUAGUCAGUGCUCCAGGUCAGGUUUUCCGAAACAACUUUCAUAACCACCAAAACACACCUAGUUUGAUCCCUUCCUCUCUUAACAACAACUCAUCAUCACGAUCCCAGUCUGUCCCUCCAGGGCUGCAUCCCAACCAGCAGGGUGCAGUAUCUUACGAACACCAUAGGCCCCAGUCCCAGGGCCAGCCAGGCCAUGCUUCUCCUCUCCCAUCCUCUACCUCUCCAUUUCCAGGUCAGGGAAAAGCUCCAGGUUUCAGUCCAAAUCCGCAGCAGUGGAGGCAGGGCUCUGACAGAGAUCCUGAACAGAGAAAUCCAUGGAUGUUCAGAAAGCCUGAGCCCCAUGCUCACUUUGCAACUGCUUCUCCAAAUAGCUCAGACCCCAUGUCAGAGCUUAAACAGCUGCUCGGUGACACCAAGUUGAAAAAUGCUUCUUUUAAGCUUCCCCUCACACAGCAGCUUAGCUUGAAUCAGAAUGGUGGCAUUCAGGUCCAGGGCAGAAUAAAACAAGAGCCAGACUCUGGUGAGCAUUAUCAUCACACUUCCUCAACUGGACGUUAUGAAAUGUCUAAUGGUCAACAGCAGGGUCAGCAUUACCCUGGAAAUCCUAUGUCUCCUGGCCAAGCAGCCAUACGUCACUCCACUCAGGCAGCUCUACAACAUCACCUCCAUCACAGGAGGAACCUGUUCUCUACCCAACCACCCGGCUUUGGAGUACCAAGCCCACGUGCACCUAUGACAUGUCAAGACUUGAAAAAAUGGUGGCCCCAGAUAGAUGCUGAAGGUAUGUCAGUUCUACCAAUCAAACAGGAACCCAAGAGGAGGAAAAACACCCACGGGUCUUCUGUUAUAAAAUCAGUGGGUUUAAUGGCUAUAGGUCCUGCUCUUCCCAAGCCCAAACAGAUAAUCAUCAAGAAGAACAAGCAGAAAGCCUCCAUGCCAACCUUCCUCCCUCAGGCUCAAAUCGCUAUACAAAAACCACCAGUUCACAUGAAGGACACAUCCCCAUCCCUGACCAAUUCCCAAAUAUGCUCUCUCAACCCUUUGGCCCUCCACCGUAACUCCGCUCAGGUUUCUGCAGCAGGUCUCCCUGCCCCAGAACAAUCUCAGGUAUGCAUUUCCAACACCUCUCUAACUCCUUCUUCCAAUGUUACAACGGGAAACGCUCCAGCUGUCACGGACCCCUCGUCCACAUCUGUGGUUCUUUCAGCCAUCUCAAAAUCAGAAGAAGCAAGCAUCAAUUUAACCUCCACCAACACCAGCAAUGCCACACCUGUGACCUCCACAACUCCAUCCAACACCUCGCCGCUGCAGAAACUCAUUAACAUAGAUCCAAAGUACGAAGAGCUGAUCCGCCAGUUCGAGGCUGAAUUUGGAAACUUGGCCCCAGACACAUCCGCAAGUCCACGCAAGGAGGAGACCACUCCGGCCCCUACACUAGCGAAUCAAUCCCUGAUCAGUCCUCAAGACCUCAGUCUAGCAUCAUCUAACACCACCCAGUCUGUCUCCUCAAUCCAUACUCCUCAAGCCAACAACACACCUCAAUCAGACGAUCAGAAAAUGGAAAUUAGCAAGAGUGACUCUGAUACCCAAAGUGAAUUAACAGUUAGUCAGCCUUCCAAUGAGGGCCGUGAACAUACAAGGCCUGUCAAUGUUUCUCAGAACCAGGAGACUAUUUUGGACAAGCAGCAGCUGCAGCAAGGAAUGUUAGAGGAAGCACUGGGCAUGCAAGACUCUCCACUGCCUAAGCGAAUUAAAAUUGAAGCUUCAGGAGAAUUAGCGGUACUAUCCACCACAUGCUACUCUGAGGAGAGCACGCCAGUAAAGGAUGGCCUAAAUUCCUCACCAUCUCUAAAAGGCUUUCUAGACUCCCCCUUGCGCUACCUAGACACCCCUACCAAGAACCUGCUGGAUACUCCGAUCAAGGAUCCACAGUCCGAGUUCCCAACCUGUACCUGUGUGGAACAUAUCCUGGAGAAAGAUGAAGGGCCGUACUACAAUCACCUGGGGUCGGGACCUACAGUAGCCUCCAUACGAAGUUUGAUGGAGAUGAGAUACGGAGAGAAGGGAGAAGCGGUUCGAAUUGAGAAGGUGGUGUACACAGGCAAAGAGGGGAAGAGCUCCCAUGGUUGUCCUAUUGCCAAGUGGGUGAUUCGUCGAGGCAGCAACAAAGAAAAACUCCUGUGCCUGGUGCGUCAGCGUGCCGGCCACCACUGUGCCAACGCAGUCAUCAUCGUUGUUAUUUUAGCCUGGGAAGGCAUCCCAAAAUCCCUGGCUGACAAGCUUUACCACGAGGUGACAGACACCCUCACUAAGUAUGGCAACCCCACCAGCCGGCGCUGCGGGCUCAAUGACGAUCGUACCUGUGCCUGUCAGGGAAAAGACUCUGAAAAGUGUGGAGCUUCCUUCUCAUUUGGCUGCUCCUGGAGCAUGUACUUUAAUGGCUGUAAGUACGCCCGAAGCAAGACGCCACGCAAGUUCCGGCUACAAGGAGAUCAUCCCGAAGAGGAGGAAAAACUCAGGGACAACUUCCAAAAUCUGGCAACUGAGGUGGCUCCGUUGUACAAGCGACUGGCUCCACAGGCGUACAGCAACCAGUGUGCGGCAGAGCAGCGAGCUCCGGAGUGCAGGCUGGGUUUGAAGGAAGGCCGUCCCUUCUCUGGAAUUACAGCUUGCAUGGACUUCUGUGCCCACGCUCAUAAGGACCAGCAUAACCUGCACAAUGGCUGCACAGUGGUGUGUACCUUGACUAAGGAGGACAACCGAAAAGUGGGGGAAAUCCCUGAAGAUGAGCAGCUUCAUGUGCUGCCACUGUACACGGUCUCACUGACAGAUGAGUUUGGCAGUGCAGAGGCCCAGCGCCGCAAGAUGCAAAACGGAGCCAUCCAGGUACUUCAAGCUUUCCGUCGCGAGGUACGCAAGUUGCCCGAGCCUGCUAAAUCUUGCCGGCAACGCCGACUGGAGGCCAAGAAGGCCGCCUCAGAGAAGAAGAAAAGCAAACUCACACAGCAGACUCCAGAGAAAACAGUGGUCAAGACUGAACUUUGCAUCAGCAGCUCUCCCCAAACCCCAGGCAUUAAAGAAAUUAUAAAGCAGGAGAUGAAGCCGGACAUCAAGCGGGAGCCCAUUAAUGGAUCAAUAGAUGGAUACCCUGUGCAGGCAACAGACCCAUUCAAUAACAUCUAUCAAAAUCCUGCCUACUAUGCAUUGGGGGACCAUUCCCCAGUCGGCCAGCCCUCUGCCGCAGACACAGUAAAUGGCUACCAUCCCAGUCUGCCUGCAAUGCCCUACGGCUUCUUCAACUACCCUCCCAAUGCUCUUUUCCGUCCUAAGUUGAAGACCUAUGAAGGUCGAAGUAAGCUUGUCCAGGCAGAAAGAAAGUCUGAUGCUCAGAGCCCUCAGGGCCACUUGCCUUCCAACAGCCACCCAGAGCAAAACAACCAACCAAACAACAGCGCUUACGCCCAGCCUGCCAACUAUAGCUUGUCCCGUCCUUCUUCGGUCUCCUCUGAGCCAUCCAACAGAGGCACUCCGCUCAUCAAACAAGAGCCUAUGGAUGUACCAGUCUAUGAAGGGGCACUGCCAAGCCAGGCUUGUGCCAACACAUCAAGAAGCACCCCGCAGUCUGCGCAGUGGCCUGGGUAUAAGAUUAAUGGGAGCAUUAUUUCAAAUAACUGGGAUGGCCACUUAAACCGUAGACAAAGUCCUGAUGUCUCUUCUUUAAACUCAGACAAGCUGCAGCUUCACAAGCUUCACCAGCAUGCCCAGCAGCGCCAGUCCUCUCCGUACCCUCAGCAGUGGACUUCCCACCCAUGCUCAAACCCCCAAAUUGCUUCCACCAAUCCAGCACACCAGGUACCUGCAUCUCCACCUCCAUCCCCUCACCUUGGCACGGGGCACCAGGGCAACUUAUAUCGAGGCGCCAUACGUCACAGUGCUUCUUACCCUGGUACACCACAACCUGUUACCUCUCACUCAGGCUCAGUAACUCCAAGGCCUGGGACCCCACGUCCAGGCACCCCAGUCACUGGCAUUCCAGGUCCACCCACCCCUGGUCCUGGCACCCCAGGUCCUGCCACUCCAGGCCCAGCCACCCCAGGCCCAGCCACCCCAAGCCCACUAACUCCAGGGCAACUUACCCCCAGGCACUGGGCGAGUCCUGCUCCUAGCCCCCAACCAAAUCCUUGGGGCAUCGGACCUGCUGCAUUUAGCCCUGGGUUGAAGCACAGCAAUCCUGCAGGAGCCUAUCCCGACAAGAUCUGGUCCAAGACUGGGGAGAACCGGUGUUCCACUCCCCUCGGGAUCCAAGAAAAGGCCUGGAAGUCUUGUGGAGGUUCAUUGGCAGGCAGCACCCCUUCUCCCGCUCCCGAGGGUCGCCUGUUCCCUGAUGCGCUGCAACAGUCCGAUCAAGCCCAUUGCGAUCCCUGCCGAGCUGAAAGCGAUGUUGAAAGUUUCAAACAUCGUGAAGAAGAGGAUGAGGUGUGGUCUGACAGCGAACACAACUUCUUGGAUCCCGCAAUUGGCGGCGUAGCAGUAGCACCAGCUCACGGCUCAGUCCUGAUCGAAUGCGCCCGGCGGGAACUACACGCCACCACUCCGCUUAAGAAGCCCGAUCGUUCUCAUCCCACCCGCAUCUCCCUCGUCUUCUACCAGCACAAGAACCUCAAUCAGCCAAUGCAUGGCCUGGCUCUGUGGGAGGCCAAAAUGAAGCUGCUGGCAGAGCGAGCACUGCAGAGGCAGCAGGAAGCAGCUCUCCUUGGCCUCUCCCAGGAAGACAUCAAGGCACUCGGCAAGAAACGCAAAUGGGGGUCUUUGUUAACUGGCGCCAGUCCAGGACCUGGACAGUCGAAAGACAAGAAAGACGGGCCAGUGACACGGUUAUCUCAUACAUUCUACACCACUUCUAUGGUUACUGUGUCUCCCUAUGCCUUCACUCGCGUCACUGGGCCCUACAGCCACUUUGUUUGAGGCCAGACAGACAAAGAAAGACUGAAAGCACCAAAGUGGUGCAGUGGACAGGUAGAAAAGGCAAUGAGCAAGAGAAAUGUCUCUUUGCUGUUUCACAGUCUAGCAUCUCUCCAUCCAGCCUCCUCCGUAGUCUGUAGGGAGGAGGGUGAGUGGGGGACGUUUUUAUUGUUUUUUACCUCAUGUCAGGCAGUGGUUUGGGCUGCAGACACACUGCCUGUGGUGCUCUUCCUCUCUUGUUUCCGGAGAGGAACUCCAUUGCUUUUUCUUGUUUAUAAAAUUUUAAUGAUUCUAAUUAUUGCUAUUAUUAUGAUUGCUAUUGUUACUGUCAAUUAUGUUAUUACAGGUAUUAUUAUAAUGAACACUUGUUUUUUUUAUUAUUAUUGCUGUUUUCGUUAAUGUUAUUAUUAAUGGGAUAAUUGUUUUUUUGUUGUUGUUUUUACAUUUUAUUUUUUAAUCAAUCAGUCUGAGUCACUCAGACCGUUGGUUUUUCCAAGUCUGGAAAAAUUGCACCCCCUUUUUUCUGUUUGAUUUCCUUUCUCCGUGUCAACUCUAUUUGCAGGAGGAGCAGUAAUCUGCCCAAUCAGAGAGAAAAGUAACAGAAAUUUUAAUUAUGGUUUCAUGCAAAAAAAAAAAAAAAAAGUAGAUUUGAUCUAAGACUUUUAUCAGAAACUUAUACCUCAACGAGAAUUCCAAGAAUACUCUUUGAAUCCUAAGAGUGAAACAUUUCAGAAAUAAGACAAACAUGAACAAUGAAACCAAUCAUGAAAGUAAUCCAUUUGAAAUGAGAGCAUUGUGAAAAACUCUGUGGCUGCCUGUCUGCGGCUAGGUGGUGCGCUCCUCCUGUUUAUCUGCACUCCUCCAACUUUCAACUGGUGCUCAGCUUCUCUUUCCGAUCGGUUUUCCAUCAGCUUCUGUUCGUGGCACUUGAUGCUGUAUUUUGGUGCUCAAAUGUGGCUCGAGUAGUGUUUGCAGGGGGUGAGGCGGGAGGAGCAACUAUUGUUAUUUGGACACAGGUGGGGAACCAAAAUAGAGGCUUUCACUGUCUUAAUAGACCCUGGGGCGAUAAUUAUGUCACGCAGAAGGCAAGUUUAAUGACAAUGGUUCUUGCUUGACAUAAUUUCCCACUCUUAAAACUGAGAUAUCACUUUAUUUCUUCACAGAAGUAAAAAAGAAAACAACUUGCAAAUGCUCUUCGAGUCAGAUCUGCAAUUUCCACAUGGGUUUGAAGCAGGCGACGCUCUUUAUCUUCCUACGUCUGUUUAUUAGGGAUGAAAACUUUCCAGAGUGAACUCUAGAUGGCAGCCGUGACUGCCUAUUCAAACAAGCACUUGAGAUCCAUUCAGAAGCCAGGCUCUAACCCACCCAAGGCCAGCAGAGGGGGCUCUCACUCCCUGUUUGGUGGCCAUUGGUAAGACUCAAUAAAGCAGCUCAUCAGGCUGAAGUCUGGAGAUGCAUCUGGAAAGUUCAUCCUGAGCUCUAGCAGAAGGAAACGGUGUUGGGACUGCAGUGCUCUUGGUGCUCCUACACACACAUUGGUGCUGUCCUUUUAAACUUGAUUUACUACAGAGGGCCCGGUGCUUUCCUCUGUAUGGUGCUGCCAUCUUUCGGGCAGAGCAAGGCAUGUGCUACUGCAGGCACUGUCCUACCACAGAGCCAGCCAAUCAAAUUGGUUGUUUUUUGGGGGGUCACAGCUUUGCCACUGGGCUCAAAAACAGGUUCCUGUUGAGGAGUUUUUAGUGUUUAUGCUGGCAGAUGGUAACAGAGUCCACUGUCCAGGGCAGAGAAAGCACAGUCAGUCAUGACAUCUCUUAGUAAACACAUCAGCAGCGCUUUCCACUGAGGGCCAACAAUAGUGAGAGGUAAAAGGCAAACCAUCGGACGUUACCAUAGUUUCAGGGAGUAGGCGCCCAAAUGCAAAACAUCAAAUACUCUCUCGCUUUGUGUACUAUAAGUGGAUGAGGAGGUGUGUGUGAAAGAACACAUUUCCACCCAAAAACCAAAGAGAGAGACUACUUGAUUGAUGAGCAUUUUCAGUAAUUUGAAUCACUUCUUUUUUUUUACUUUCUUCACAAUCCUGUAGUUUGCUUGUUGAAAAAGAGAAAAACGAGCGACUGACAACUCUAUAGAAGUGGUUGUUUGGGUCAAGGCCCGGGGCGAAGGACCGCGAUCCGGGCCCCACCAGGCCUCCAGCUCUCUACCUCACGCCGUAGAGACACUGGUAACCAUCCCAACUUGCUACUGAGGGCAGAAAAUCCCGCAUGUCCCUUUGUGUGCAAAAGAUUUCUACACUCAUUUUAGCUUUUUUUUUUUUUUUACUCUUAUUUAUUACUACAUUGUGAUGAUGAUGAUUGUCUUUGAUGUUAUUUUCUUUUUCAUCUUUUUUAUAUAGCUAAUACAAAUUGUAAAUAGAGAAGAAAAAAUUUAUAAAAGCACUUUUAAUCUUGAUUUUAACAACAAAAGAAAGAGCCGAUUAUUGACAACUUGAAGCUUAGUUGUUUUUUUUGUUUGUUUUCAUUUUCUCAAGAGAGAGGUAAAAAAAAAUGUAAAUAUUAAACUAUUUAGGUAAGAUUAUUUAACUGGUGAGGAUAGUAAACUAAAACCAUGGACGACAUGGGACGGGUGGGGUUGGGGCGGGGGGUGUUGAAGUCUCAGAAAGCCCUUAGCAACACUUGGUCUCAGUGUGUUGUGUGUAAUCUUUUUUGCUCAGUUACACUGCUGUUUUUCGCUUUCAGAAGUACUGUACCCCAUGUCAGCCUGUCGACGACAAAAGCGCGGUCGCUUUUAGAGAAUUCAUUCAUGAGCCCGGGUAUCUGAUGUGUGCGGUGUGACGGCUAGCUAGCUUACUCACCGUGGAGCCACCCCGUCACCCCCUCCUCCCCCACGACUCCACUCAGUCACUUCACUAAGAGGUUACACAACAAACUGGAACCCCUGGGUUGCAGUUCUGUGCCCACAUUUCCGCAUGAAAAUUAGCGACAUUGACGAGUGGAAGCCUUACUUUAGCUUCUAGAGUCAAGCUAGGCUAAAUCGGAAGACAGUGAGAUAAGCUAACGCCUGCUAAUCGUUCCCACUUGCGUUGCAGACCAUCUGCCUCCCUGCUUGUGUAAACGUGUCGCUAAAUAAUUCCUUAUUGUAUCGUUUACUAUUUAAGGAUCCACAUGGCAGCGUUAGCAUGAUGCUAGCAGGCGUUCUACUGGUGCAGUUUUUGAUAUUCAUAUUACGUAACCCACAUUUAUACAUUCUUAAUGGUGCUGAGGAUGUUGUGUCCAACAUUUAUCAUCUAACUUUGUAAAUCUCUAAAUGUUCUGUUUGGGGGGUUCUCUGAGAUGUUGUGAGGGGGGGAAUAAAAAACACGGGUGGGUGUAGGGGCAGGUCAGACAGGCGGUGCUAUGAUGUUAACACAUUAAAAAUUCACUGUGUAAAAAAACAAAAAACCAUAGGAAAAAAAAAGAAGCAAAACGAAUAUUUGUUUUCCGAGCUCCUCGAAUGUCAAUAAAACUGUAUUUUUAAUCCAAGCAGUUUCGAAGUGCGCGAAGCUGCCCCCUGGUGCUGACUUUAUGAAUAAGUCUUGUUACAACGCUACACGUUUUUUACAUCUCUCUCUUUCUCUGCCGGGCUCGAGGGGCUCUCCGACAGCAGAUCACUUUCUUUAUUAAUACUCAUUCCAUAAAUAUACUUUAAGCUGGUAAAACUAGGAUGAGAAGUAGAAUCAGAAUAUAUAAGGACUGUUAUCUGGGGAUUUAUAUUUGGUACAGCGAGUACCAAAGGCUUUUAGAAUAAUCUUUUUUGAGGAUGUUGUAAAUGUACAUGUUAGAUGAAUGCUAAGGUAUUUGAACAAUCCCAGAAUUGUGUACUGCUUCACUCUUUUACUCCCUAGUCAUGCACUUCCUUUUUACUCACGCCCAUCUUUUACUUCUAAACCUUGUAUAGUUUGAUGUUCUGAACCACGCAAAUAUAGAUAAAAAAAAUGCAUCUCAUUAUCUAUGGCCCAACGUUGAAAAAUUAUGAACACCUGAUUUACUGAAGACUCUCCAAAGUAGGAACAGAGACUUGAACCCUGGCCCAUACGAAAAGAUGAAAAUGAACCUACACAAGUGGCAGCUACAUUCCUUUUUUGAUUUGUAGGAUUGUUCUUGGUUCUUUAUUUUUAUGUCAAUGAUGCAGUAUGUAAAAAAAAGAAGUGUUUUUGUUCAGUCUCUCUCUCUCUUUCCCUCUCUUUGUAGCUGUAUGGUGUAUCAUGUGAAUACAUAGUGUACGUGGUUAAAAACCCCACAAUAUUGUUUUAUGUUGCGCGAUAAAUAAAAAAUAUUAAAGUGAAA